UGCCGAUUGUGAAGCAUCGUCCGCGACGCUUCUCCUGCGACUUUUGUUUCGAGUAUCUUUGACGUAGAGCAGAAAUGCAAAGCUAAAGAGAGGGCAUUUUCCUGCGGCUCUGGUUUUUCGUGGCAGAAUUGGUAGUUUCACAGAGAACUCUGCUGCUGUGCCUGAACAAUGGAUUGUACCUUCAAGAUCUGCACUCUCCAAGACAAGGAUGGACACGAGCACAGCGCCCUCUGGAUUCCUAAGACACUACCGUGCAACUUCGGAUGUCAAAAUGCUCUUCCUGCCAACGACGUCUUUAACCUCAUCAUGAUUGAAGAUUCAAAGGAUAUGAAAGUCCAUUGGCCUCAUAUCGUCUCUGCCUGGAACAAAAACAUCAAAGAUAAACUGGAAGGUCGGACAAAUGUGUACACUUUUGGGGACCUUGUGCAGCUGAAGAGACUGGAGCCUGAGCUAAUGCAGAAGGAUUUAGAAAACAACAAAACAAGCAACUUUACCCAAGCAUUGCGGACUAUCAGAAUUAGAGUGCAGAGCAGCAAAGAAACCAACAUAAAAAUCAUUAUAAUCAAGGGACCUCAUGAUGCUGGUGAACCUUUUCCUGAAGAUGAAAUAAGAUUGAUAAAGCCACACAUUGGAAGAACUAUUGUAGUCUAUAUACUUGGUAUUGGUGAUGAAUUCCCAGCCCAACACUGUUUUGAAAUCCUGUCUAAAUUGAAUACAGGGAACAAAAACGAUGUUACAUUUUUCAAAGCUAAGGACACAAAAGAUAUUGCAGACCAGUGCUCCAAAAUAGGAAAUAUUCUUAGGCCAUAUGUAGCCAAACUUGAGCUCAGUAUUGGAGGUUUCAUUCUUCCAGGCUAUCCAUACAAGACUACAUCUGUACAAUUAGGAGAGUGGAUUUACUUUGAGGAGCCACAAACAGAGCUAAGUACCUUGGCUCUGAAAGUUAAUAAUAAAGAGUACAUAGAUAUUACUGAUGAGAUGGUACAAAGGAAUGCUCAAUGUGAUUUAGUUUUUCUCUUUUUACAGUGGAAUAAUGUUCUGAUUCAAGAGAAGUGUAAAGAGAAGAUGGUUCCAAGGGAAGUAUUUGAUCUUAUAAAAUCAUUUUAUACUUAUUUUCAGAAUGAAUGCCUCAGCAGUCUAUCAAAGCAUGAACUGAAACUAAAAAAGGACUUCAGAUCAUGUGAAAAUCAGUUCAGACAGCUUAUGAAGCAAAUGAUAACUCAUACGGAUGACAAAAUGAUGAACAAAGAAUUAAAGUUAGCAGACUUAUAUCUGAAAACUGCAGCGAUCAAUUAUGAUGUCAAAGCAACGAAAAACAAGUUCUGUAAUGAUGCAAGAUUUGCAAAGACUGUGGAAUUAUUUCAUAAUUUAUAUGAAAAUGUCAAAUCAAGGAUCAUGACUCUUCCUCACCCAAAGCUUGAUGAAUGCUGUAGGAUUACAAAGUCUUCUACUUUAUCACAGCUCAUGGAAAAAGACUUUGAAAAAGUUCUCCAGAAAAAUAAAUUUGAUUUCUUGAGAAGUUUCAUCAUGUCUGGCAUUCCAGUCUUUUCACUGAUGAACUGUGCAGUUCAGAGAAACCCCUGGGCAUUCAAAAUCAAACAUAUUUUGGUGGAACCUUACUCUGUUAUGAGUCAACAAGCCCUCGAAGACUUUGCAGAGUUCAGAGAAGACUGUCUAGACUGCAAUACCAGGGCUGUUCAGGUGGAAACUGGAAUGAAAAAAACUAAGUUUAAUGCUGUCAUACCAAUUAUUCCAGCUUAUGCAGCUUCUGUCUUAAAGCCUCUUGUGCAAUCAGAUCUUUAUGCAAUGGCAGCAACAUACUGCAUCCAUAAGAAUCCGACUGCUAUCGAAUAUGCAGCCCAUUUUGCUGCCCUAGGUUGUGCAUGGCUGAAAACUCUCGAAGAAUAUCCAGAUGAAGAACGACCAGAGUUUAUUCGCAAUAGAUUGGACGACAUUGUGGGCACAGCAAAAUUGUACCUAGAUAAAUGCAAGGUUGCAAACUAUCUCAACGCUCUGAUGGCAGAACCAAAACAAGCACUCAUGUUUGAAAGCACUCUUAAAUUCAAGAAUAAGUCAGUAAGGUGUGAAUCUUUACUGAAGCCUGUGUUCCUCCUUUUUCUAACAAGGGAGUCUAUCUCAAAAAAAGUUAUGGCUGAAAUAUUCCAACUCAUUGUGUUCGAAUUCAUUAGGCGUUGUAUAAUUAAAAAAGCCAGAAGUCCUUUAGAUCGUGCACCAUUCAUUCAGUACUUCUGUUCCCAACUCUCUAGUCCAGAUCACAGAAGAGAGUGGCUAGAAAAUCAUUCCAAGGUGAUCAUAGACAGGCAGAAAGAGAAGUAUGAAAACCUACUGGAAAGAUUCUACACACUCAAGGAUCUGAGAUGCUCUGUUCGCAAAGACAUUGUUAGCGGCUUAGAAGCCAAGGGCAAGAGACUCUUUGAUGACCUCACCAUCGAUAUCUGUAUGGAAAAGGUAACUUUGCUUCGGAAUCCUAAUACUUGUGGAGAGAUUACUUGGUCGACGUUAGAAGUAUUGUCCCGAGAAUUGGGCUUGCCAACCAACCUACCUAAUAAGAAUGAGGCUUUGCUAUUUGUCGCGGCGAUCUUGAACAAAAAGGAAGCCAAGAAGCAGCUGCCCGACGUCCCUUCGUCCCAGGACAAGGUUCUCAGUCUUGCCAGGGAGAAGAUUCUCAGGGAAAUCCUAGUAGAACUCAGGAAGGUUAGCAGCAGAGACUGGAGCUUGGCAAAGAAUAUUGAGGAGGAGUGGAAGGAGGAAUUCAAGAAGAGACACAGGUCCUUGGCCAUCCCUAUGACACCACAGCAGAUUGUAGCCGAAGCUCAAGGAAGAGGCGUAGCCGUCAGGCAGGAGACGUUCCACGAUGUCUACAAAUAUGAUGACUAUACGCAACUGUUACGAAAUGCCUGUCAGAUUCGUGAGUGUCCCCAUUAUCUGGUACCUCAUAAGAACUUCAACCUGCAUCUCUCCCAGUCAAAGAUUUCAGGUCAUCAUGUAGAGUCGUUUCACUGGAUCAUCCGCAAAUAUGGGCAUCAUGGGAUGGAGCGGGUCAAACAGGAGCUUCACUCUAAAGAACUCGCUCUCCUUAAAGAACGCAGGCGAAGCCAGAGAACCUCUGAACCUUUUAAACUGACUGAAGAUGUCUUCAAGAAACUCGUGGCAAACGUGUACAAUUGA